GGGGGUUCUGGGAAGUGUAGUGUGUGGAAGUGGGAAAGUGAAGGCAUGAGUGGGAAGAGGAGGCAGAGAGGAGAAGGGAGCAAUGGGGGGAAGAAGGCGAGGGGGCCGGUGAGGGCUGAGCUGUCAGUGUCAUUACUGGAGAAGACUGACCGAGAGGAGGUGAGGAGAGUCUGGGAGAGCCAGGAGACUGCGCAGUGUGGCUCUGUUCUUCUGGAUUCGGUCCCCUUCCAGCACUGUGUCAUCAGUUCUUUCAUUGAAAACUCCGAGUUCCUGGAUGGGCUGAAAGAUGAACUAUUUGCCUUGAAUUUCCAUGACAAAUCCAAUGACUUGUACAAGUUUCAGCAGUCAGAGGAUUUGAAAAGCAGGAAGGAACCACACAUUAGUGCCCUGAGAAAAGUUCUAUUUGAGGACUUCCGACGGUGGCUUUCAGAGGUGACGCUUGUGGAGUUGGAGACCACUGUAGACAUAUCAUGUGCUCAGUACAAUUACACAGAUACUCUGCUCUGUCAUGAUGAUGAGCUGGAAGGGAGAAGAUUUGCCUUUAUCCUGUAUCUGGUUCCAGAGUGGACAGAAGCAGAUGGGGGAUCACUGGACCUCUACAGCACUGAUGAGAAGGCACAGCCUGGUCAUAUUGUCAAGUCAUUGAUUCCAUCAUGGAACACAUUGGUUUUCUUUGAGGUCUCCCCAGUCUCUUUCCACCAGGUUUCAGAAGUUCUGUCUGAAGGAAAAUGCCGUCUGUCAGUAAGCGGUUGGUUUCAUGGUUCAUCCCUGGAAAGACCACCACGCUCCCUGGAUCCUGUGCCUAUCCGUAUUCCACACAUCCCCUGCGAUCAUGAAAUCCUUUAUGAGUGGAUAAAUCCAGAUUAUCUAUCAAUUGAGUAUCAAGCUCAGGUUCAGGAGGAGUUUGAAGACACAUCUGAGAUACUCCUGAAGGACUUUCUUAAGGAAGAGAAGUUCAAUGCAGUUUCUGCAGCACUUGAGACGCAGAGUGUUGAAUGGGAGCUCCUGGGUCCCCCCAACAGAAGGUGUUAUGAGAGAGCAAAAGGUGAGCUUCCAGAUGUUCUGAAGUCCUGCAUGGAGCUUCUGAAAUCAGAGGCCUUUUUUCUGCUACUGUCCAACCUCACUGGUCUGAAGCUGCAUUUCCUGGCAGCCAACAAUGAAGAGUCUGAUGAAGAGGAGGAAUCCUCAGAACUGAAUGAGAACACCUCUGCACAAGGGGGUGACAGCGAUCACACUGCUCAGGAAGGAGGUGGUGUGAGCGUUCCUGUGUGCUCUGGAGAGCUGAGGCACUGGGAACAUGGGCACUACACAAUGAUUCAUGACCAUGAUCCUGAGAGGCAGGAGUUUGCUUUGGAUCUUUUGUGGUUCUGUGGAUGUGAAGAUUGGGAGGCAGAAGAUGGAGGAUUCACCUCUUACAUUGCCAAGGAGGAAGAUGAAGAGCUUCUUACAGUUUAUCCAGAGAACAAUUGCCUGGCCUUGGUUUAUCGAGAUAAAGAAACAAUGAGAUUUGUGAAGCACAUCAACCACAGGAGUGUACAGAGAAAGACCGGCCUUCAAAAUCACAAAGGAUUCUGGGACUUUGCCUUUGUGUACCAUGAAUGACAGCUCUGUGUGACAAACUUCAAAGUGUGCAUAAUUACGCCUGAAAGUGAUUUUUGAUGAAUUCAACAACUUGAAGUGUGGUGAAUAAGUGACAUAAUGGCUACCAUGUGCCAAAUCAACAAGUGUGUGCAAAGCCGUGGAGAAUAUUCCCACAUGUAUUCAAUGCCAAAGUGAUUGGAUGAGUGUACGUAUAUUUAUAUUAAAUAUACAAUUAUUAAAUUCUAUAGUAUUGGCUAAAU